GGUACUAGGGAGUACUUUGUAAUUCCCUAACUCUUAAAUUCUCAGAUGCCUUUCUUCACCUGUUCUCCUCCUCCUCCUCCAAUCACCUGCUUUCUUUGCUUAUGAACCAAGCGAGGGCAAACGAGCGAUAUCAGCUGAGCUUCCCACAUUUCUCUUCUUGGAAUUCCGAGGGGCGCUUCUUCAUGCGAAUGAUUCGAUCAAGCUAAUCAUAUUUAUACUGAAAAAGAAGUGGUCCGCGCCAGCAGUAGCGCCGAUUGGAGGAGAAAGAGAUAUCGGGGAAGAUUAUUGAUUCAUCGAGAGCCGUCGUGAAGCCUUCUUAUUUAUGAUCACAAGCUCGUAAGUUGUUGUCCGUGGUUAUAUUCCAUUGCAGCUUCCUCCUCAUUCCUGGACUUCGAAUCCGAGCAAAACGUUUUCAAAUCGGGACCAGAGGAAUUAUAAAAUCUAGGCAGCAAUCAAUGGAAUUCACCGAAUAAUAUCUGUCCCAAAUAUAUUAUCUUAUUAUUCGGGACUUUAGUUUCUUCUUCUUCCUGGAGCGUCUCCAAUUCUGAAGAUGGAAGCCGGAGGAAUCCAGGAGGCUUCUAAUGUUGAUGGACCUGCAAUGACUACAAAGAGCAAUUCCAAUUUGCAACAAGGUGGUUCUGCUUCAAACGAGCAUAAUUGUGAUCCCAACACGAGAUCUACAUGCAAACCGGAUGAUGUUCCCAAGAAUGUAAAAUGUGUACCCUAUAUCUUCAGACAAGAUGUUGUGAAAAGUAAAACGGAUGGCAAAAUAGGGAUAGUGGCUGAAGCUGCUGGUGACUCCGACUCAGAUUCAGACUCAGAUAGUGGCAUUAGUGAGGAUGAAGAAGAGGAGGUAGAAGAUGAAAAAGAAGAAGAUGAAGAAGAAGAAGAAGAAGAUGAUGAUGAUGACGGCGAUGACAACAAUGAUGAUGAUGCUAAGGGCGUUGAAGGAAAACUGGACAGUAAUGAAAACACUGAGGGUUGCCAUGGCGAGAACACAGACAGUAACCACAAAAGUGAUCGUCUUUUAGCUGAUCAAGUUAGAGUAAUCUGGUUGGAUGAAACUGAGUCGGUUCUAUCUAGUAAUGAUGUGACAGUCAUUGAUAGGGGAUUUCUACCAGGGGAUUAUGUUGCUGCUGCUGCUUACCCAACAAGCCAAGCUGGCCUCGUGGUUGACGUUAAUAUUUCAGUUACUUUACUAAGACAUGAUGGUUCUUUUGUGAAAGACAUCUCAACCAGAGACUUGAAACGCGUUAGGGAGUUUGCAGUUGGUGACUAUGUUGUGCUAGGCACCUGGCUUGGUAGAAUUGAUGAUGUUUUAGAUAAUGUGACUGUGAUGUUUGAUGACGGUUCUCUAUGUAAAGUUAUCAAGGCAGAUCCAUUACGCCUUAAACCUGUUGGCAAGAAUAACCUCGAAGAUGGGAGUUUCCCUUAUUACCCAGGUCAGCGUGUGAAAGCAAGCUCUUCAUCAGUUUUCAAGGACUCAAGGUGGAUAUCUGGCUCAUGGAAAGCUCACCGAGUGGAAGGCACAGUAACUAAAGUUACUGUUGGGUCUGUGUUCAUUCAUUGGAUUUGUUCUGCUGGAUAUGGACCUGAUUCUUCCAGUCAUCCAGCUCAAGAGCAAAGUCCCAAAAACUUGAAAAUGUUAUCGUGUUUCACACAUGCAAACUGGCAGUUGGGUGACUGGUGUCUUCUUCUUUCACCCCCUCCAUCUUCUUUAGUCUUUUUGGACCACAGAUUAUCGAAGAUGGAUCUUUAUGGUUCUACGAAAGAAGAAGCUUCUAAAUCUGCACAAGCAGGUGCAGAUUGUGAUUCAGAGGGGUCACAAUGCAAUAGUGAAUCCAUAGAAAAUGAUACCGACACUUCUUUGGACUUGAAUUGUGACAAGGGGACUCUGGAAUCUACUACAGGUGGUAGUACAUUGCCUGGAUCAAAAGAACCAGUCCAUGAGAGUUGGCCACUCCACAGGAAAAAGAUUCGUAGAGCUGUAGUCAGGAGGGAUAAGAAAGUUCGGAAAAAGGAAGAGAAUUUUGAACGAGCCCUUUUGAUUGUGAAUACUAUGUCACACAUUGAUGUAGCUUGGCAAGAUGGAACAAUAGAACGAGGUUUGGCAUCCACAUCCUUGAUUCCUGUAGAUAACCCAGGAGAUCAUGAAUUUGUUGCUGAACAGUACGUAGUAGAGAAAGCUUCUGAAGACACUGAUGAUGUCAGUGAAACUAGACGUAUUGGUGUUGUAAGAAGUGUGAAUGCAAAAGAGCGAACAGCCUGUGUGAGGUGGUUAAAACCAGUUGCCAGAGCAGAGGAUCUCAGAGAAUUUGAUAAAGAGGAAGUGGUUAGUGUGUAUGAGUUGGAAACACAUCCUGACUAUGAUUACUGUUAUGGAGAUGUAGUUGUUCGGUUGCCAUCUGUUUCUGUUCCAGCACAAGUCAGAACUCUGGAGAACCCUGUUGAUGAUUGUAAUCCACUAGUUGGUCCAAAUGAGGAGAAAGAAGAUCUGGAAAUGCAUUUGGGAUGCACAAAUGAUGGAAGUGCAUUGGCUGAUGAGUCUCCUACCCUGUUUUCAGAUCUCUCGUGGGUUGGGAACAUCAUAGGGCUAAACAAUGGAGAUAUUGAUGUAAUGUGGGCUGAUGGGAUGAUAUCAACGGUUGGCCCACAAGCAAUUUAUGUUGUUGAUCGUGAUGGUGAUGAUUCAGUGGCUGCUUCUGGAAGUUACAUUAGUGAUGAUGAAGCAAGCUGGGAAACAGUUGAUGAUAAUGAGCUAAAUAGCCUAGAGAAUGCAAACGAGGACCCUGGUACUCAAAAUGCUACUGGUAACAUUAUUGAGACUGAAGGGAGUGCGAUGAAUACAGAAAGGGCUGGAGUAAAUGGAGCUCUGGCUACUGCAUUGGGGUUUGUAUCCAGGCUAACGUUAGGAAUAUUCUCAAGGGACAGGACCAAAACAGAUUCCCUAAGCUCAGAUUCCAGACUUGAAAGUGAGAUCCAACACCCUGAAUGGGAUAGAGGAAUGGGUCCUGUUGAUGAUAAAUGCUGCCAAAGUCCAGGUGACAUGGGUAACAGUGGAAUGAUUGAUGUUGUGGAGGCCAUACACCAUUCAGAUGUGACAGAAGCUGCAUGUAACAUAAUGGCAGAACCAACUAGUGAACUAGUACACCAUGCAGCUGGGGCAUAUGCUUUCAAAAACUUUGAUAUCACAACUGAUCCACUUGAUCAUUAUUUUGUCGGUGCUAGGGAUCAGAACACUGGAAGGAAGUGGCUUAAGAAAGUUCGGCAAGAUUGGAACUUCCUUCAGAAUAACUUGCCAGAUGGUAUAUUUGUGCGUGUGUAUGAAGACCGCAUGGAUCUUGUGAGGGGGGUGAUUGUUGGACCAUAUGGCACACCUUACCAAGAUGGUUUAUUUUUCUUUGAUUUUUAUCUUCCACCAGAGUACCCUGAUGUUGCACCGUCAGCAUAUUAUCAUUCUGGAGGGUGGCGAGUUAAUCCAAACCUAUAUGAGGAAGGAAAAGUUUGCCUUAGCCUAUUGAAUACCUGGACAGGUAAAGGAAAUGAGGUUUGGGAUCCUUCGUCCUCGAGCAUAGUUCAGGUCCUAGUUUCACUACAAGGGCUUGUUCUAAAUUCCAAACCAUAUUUCAACGAAGCUGGAUAUGACAAACAAAUUGGAACUGCUGAGGGAGAGAAAAAUUCGUUGUCUUACAAUGAAAACACAUUUUUGUUGAACUGCAAAACAAUGAUGUUUCUGAUGCGGAAACCCCUUAAGGACUUUGAGGAACUUGUUAAAGAGCACUUCAGGAGGCGGGGUUAUUAUAUUCUUAAAGCAUGUGAUGCGUAUAUGAAGGGGUGCCUUAUUGGCACACUAACCCAAGACGCAUCUAGCAGCAGUAAUAGCAACACACAAUCAAACUCGGUUGGUUUCAAGUUAAUGCUAGCAAAGAUUGUGCCAAAACUUUUCCAUGCUUUGAGUGAAAUUGGAGCAGAAUGCGACGAGUUUAAGCAUCUCCUACACUGUGCACCAUCAUCAUAAAGGGGUAAUUCGGUUCGUUCAGUGCUGCGUUUUUUUCAUACUAAGCAUUUUCGCAUGUGAAUUAUGCUAUAUUUUGGUUCUCUGCAGAUUUUGUUUGAAAUGUUCAACAGCGUUGGGAAAUUAUUUUACGGGGGGAUCCCCCUCAAAACAUGAGUGACUAAUUUCACUCUUUUUUUGGGCUUGGAAAUUUAGGCAGGGAGUUGUACACUUUUGCUGCUUUCAUUUAUUGGUGUUUUUUUAAGGGGAGAUGUUGUAAAUUCUGCAGCAGAUUUUGGAUUUUAGUGAGGAUUACUUUCACAGUUUAAGUUUGUAUCAUACAAUGCCUAUAUUCGUUUGUGUUGAGGGUGAGAGCUUUUUUUUAUAAAACAAAUUGUUUAGUGACGAAUCAAUUCAUGUUUCAAUU